CUAAGCAAACAGCCUACAGUUUCUGGAACUGCUCUGAGGGGUUACUCCUCCUGGCUCUACACUUGGAAAUUACUCCUGGUGGUGCUCGGGGGACCAUAUGGGAUGCUGAGAAUCGAACCCAGAAAGGCUGAACCAGUCAGCAUCCCCACCAACAGUGAGAGAGUGUCCCUUUUUUCCCACAUCCACGCCAGCACUGGCAUCAUGAUGUUGGCGGGACACCCCCCUGUGCACGCAGCCCUGCCCGCCCUGCUUCUGGGGGCGGCUAUUUCUUUCUGCUCAGCCAUCCCCAUAGAUGUUGCACGGAAACAGCUGCUAACCCGAGAGAAGAUGAUGAGGCUGGGGGGGAAGCUGGUACUGAACAGAGAGGAGAAGCUGGCCAAUGUGAAGCUCAUGGCGCUCAAAAAGGCUGAGAUGCUGGAGGCCCUGAGGACACAGAAGUUCCCGCCCAGUAUGCACUUCUUCCAGGCCAAGAGUCUCAUCGAGAAGAGUGAGGUCUUUAAAGUCCUGCAGAGAAUGCCCAAAGGGGCUGCCUUACACCUCCACGACUUUGGCAUCCUGAGUAUGGACUGGCUCGUGAAAAAUGUCACCUACAGGCCCCACUGCCAUUUCUGUCGCACCCCAAAGGGGGCCCUGAAGUUCAAAUUUGCCCACCCGACCCCCCCGGCACCUGCACCAGCAGAAUGUUCGAAGUGGAUUUUGCUGGAGGAUUAUCGUAAGCAGCUGCAGAACGUCUCUGAGUUUGACAACAACCUGCUGAAGGCCUUCACUCUGAUGACCACGAACCCCGACGUGACUUACGCAACCCAAGAUCUCAUCUGGUCCAAGUUCGAGGGCAUCUUCUUCAGCAUCGCUGGCCUUGUGCACUUCGCUCCCGUGUUCAGGGACUACAUCUCCCAGAGCCUGGCGGAGUUCCACGAGGACAACGUGCUGUACCUGGAGCUCCGGGCCAUGCUCUUCCCGGUCUACGAAUUAAACGGGACAUACCAUGAUCGAGAGUGGUCAGUGAGGACCUACGAGGAAGUGGCUCAAAUGUUUGUGAAAGAACAUCCUGGGUUUAUUGGAAUCAAAAUCAUUUAUUCGGAUCACAGGUUCAAGAACGCUUCGCUCGUGCUGGAAUCCGUGCAGGCCGCCGUGGCGCUCCGGGCCAAGUUCCCCAGGACGGUGGCAGGGUUCGACAUGGUAGGACAUGAGGACACUGGCCACUCCCUGUAUGACUACAGGGACGUGCUAAUGGUUCCAGCUUCACAUGGUGUGAACCUGCCGUACUUUUUCCAUGCUGGAGAGACAGACUGGCAGGGUACUUCCAUAGACAAAAACCUUCUGGAUGCACUACUACUGAACUCUACCAGGAUUGGCCAUGGAUUUGCUUUGAGCAAACACCUAGCAGUCUUGACUGAGUCCCGGAAGAAAGAUAUCCCCAUAGAAGUCUGUCCCAUCUCUAAUCAGGUCUUGAAACUGGUGUCAGACUUAAGAAACCACCCUGCAGCAUUCCUGAUGGCCUCCGGGUACCCCAUAGUGAUCAGCUCUGAUGACCCAGCUCUCUUUGGUUCUAAAGGCUUGUCCUAUGACUUCUAUGAGGCCUUCAUGGGCAUUGGGGGGAUGGAAGCUGACCUGAGGACCCUCAAACAGCUGGCCAUGAACUCUAUCAAGUACAGCGCCCUGAUGCCGAGUGAAAAGAUGGCUGCCAUGAAAACCUGGGAGCGCAGAUGGAAUGAGUUUGUAGCUGACCUGGCAAAGCGACCAAAAUGAAUUGUCUGCGCAGAGAAAUCCUGAAGACCUGGAACGUCUAGUGAAGACACCACCUUUGCACUGGACGCCCAGUGGCCUCCUCUCCCUGAGUUCCGAAGGCUUUGCUCAAGGUGCACAGCUUCCUGGGCAGGGCAGGGAGACUUCUGGAAAUCCAGAGUGGCUGGUGGUGCAAAUCAUCCUUUUUCCCAGGGACAACCAGACAAUAGUGACGUUGUGGUUUUGAAACCAU